AUGGCUUCUAUGUUUACGGCUGCAAUCCAGCAGCAUGUGAUGUCCUUCAUAUUGGCAAGAUUACCAUUACACCCGGUGGACAUACCACAACAAUCAUCAUUUGCAUUUAAUGGGGACUCCGGACUUUCGCUGCAUUUAACAGAUAUAGCAUUAGAUAUUGAUAGGCUACAAACACAAUACUUACCUUUAUCCAUGCCUUUCAAUGUGAGACAUGCUUUUGCAUCUGAUCUAAAAAUACAAAUAAAUACAAAUGGAAUCAAAAUUACAGUUGAUGGAAUCGAUUGUAUUGUGAAUCCCAAAACAAGUUUCGGAAAAUCAGAAUUUGCAAACUCUGCAAGUUCCAUAUUCAUGAAUGGGAUAGAUGAUCCGGUGGAAGGAUUGGGGGAGAUGAUGGAGAGUGUGGUGGGUUUUGUUGAUGCAAUGAGCGGUGUGAAUUCAUUGUGUCCUGAUGCGCCAAAUACUACCAAUAGUCAACCCUGGGGUGAUGAAAUAGAUGAUGCUGGUGAUCAAGAUCAUCAUGCUGAUGGCCGGAAUAGUCAUCUAAGUGGUGAAAAAAAUAAAAGUAGAAAUAAGAAAGGAAAUGAAGCAGCUUUGUCGGAAGCUAUCUUGAACAAUGAUUUGGAUGUCAAUACUGACCUUGAUAGUGCGUUGAAGAGAGGAUCUAAUCGCACAAAAUCACCCAAUAAUCUAAUACUCAAAUAUGCAGUUGAAUAUAUUCUCAACAAAACCAGUGUAUUGCUUACUAAUAUAAAGUUUAAGAUCAUAUCGGACCCAAUUUCGAUGAUGCUGACCGUUGCAUUGAUCGAGGCAUGUGGUGAUAACUCUAAAAGGCGGUGUACAAUUGAGAACAUUGAGGUAUCUGGUUUGGGUCACCAAAAAGGUAAAACUACGUUUAAUAGUAGUCACGGUAAUAAGAAAGAGUAUCAUGUGGAUGAUAAUCAAACCAAUAAUGAUGUAGAUGCUGAAAGUGAAAAUACCAAUGGUUAUAAGACAGAUAAUGUGAGUGGGAGCGAAGGUGGUGACGAUGAAUAUGAUGAGCAUCUGAUGUCAUCUUCAUUUAUGGUAGAGCAUAGAGAAGAAAUGGAACAAUCAUUAAUGGAAAGUGCGAUUUACUCAACAUCAGGCAAAAGCGUUUAUCUUAGUGCUAUAGAGGGCGACUUCAAACCUUCACCUGUGGAAGUGGAUCGGACAAAAGAAGAUGAUAAAGAUAUCUUGGUGAAUAUUGAUAGGAUCAAAAUAUCUCUUGAAGAUCGUACUAAAUUAUCUAUAGAGAUUGGGAUUAUCAAAGUAAGUCUAAAUCCGUUUCCUAGAGUUAUUUCCUCCUUUAUUGAAUUGUUAUCUCACAUGGACAAACAAAAAUGCUUUUCGAAAACACAACAAAAUGCAGCUCCUAAUGAAAAAACAUCUCUAAACGCAAAUUCAAAACUAACUCUAAGCUUGUUCUCAAUUGAACUAAUACAAGUUGGAUUACAAUCAAAAUUGAAUAAAUCCAAUAAUUUUGAAGAUAAAACCCCCUUUAUUUGUCAGUUUUCAAAAUUUUUAUUGCAGCAGAGAAGUUCUACAUUAGUACAAGGGUCAUUAGAAGAAAUGGAACUGUUUUUUGACGAUCAAAAGGUUACCUAUUUUGAACGAACCUCCAGUAGUCAUGCAGAUAUCAGAAUAGAAACACAGACAUUAGAAAAAGAACAUAUCACAACAAUAAUUUUCAGUCAUUCUUUGCACAUUAAAGUUGACUAUGCUUUGUUAGAGACUUUGAUUGGGUUGAAGAAUGAAUUUCAGCCGAUUUGGCAUCAAAUCCAACAGUUUAAAGCAAAAAGUAUGAAAAAAAAUAAUACUGAAGGCCCAAUGUCAUGGAGGACUCCAAAUCCUCGAACAGGAUUCGGUCUCGGAAAUCCCAAUUCAACACGACGUCAGAAUAAACCAUUUUACUUUGUUUUUAAAGCAGGCAAAACUGAAGGCAUAAUCAGCCUCUCUGAUGAUGGGAAGGAAACUUUGAGUUUCUCAAUAGCUCCCUUUCUAUACGAUGAUAUUAACCGUAUUUCAACACUAGAAUUCAUCAAUUUAGAACUAAGUACAAUACUGGGAACUGCAAAGUUGAAUCUUCAAGACAUUCGAGUGACUCUUCCGACAGAACCUACUUCGUUUCGAACAUAUGAUGUAAACACGCAAAGUGUGAUAAAAUGUUAUACUAAAAAAACGAUGGCGAUUGACUCUAUUACAUUCAACUCUCCAUGGAAGACAUUGUUCCAGUCAUUACAAAUUUUGAAGGGGCUUAAAGAAAAGUUUAGUCAUUAUGAUAAAAACAAUGACCCGGGUGUAUCGUUUAGCGGCACGCCAUCAACCCAAAGAAACAGAAUGAUGCAAAGUAUAAUGCUGAAACAAAGAAUAAUUGACAUAUAUCUUCUUAUUAAAAACUUUGAUGUGAAAAUCAGUAGUAUCAAUGAAGAAUUUGGUGAUAUUGUUGGUACUACUAGAAACAUAAGUUUCAUAACUUCAAGCUUAGACCACCAGAUAUCAGUUCCAGAGUUUUCAAUUUGCAGAUUAUACGCUGAGAAUGUUGAAAAAAUAGUUGAAAAACCGAACAAAUGGUCUAGCUCGCCGAUGUUAUUCAUAAAAGUACAACAUGCAAUCAAUAUAUAUAUUAAUAACUGGCUAAUCAACUAUAAUGGGAGGUGGUUGGAGAUGUUCAGUAGUGGAGAGAAUGUCGUCGACACCUCCGUCACUCAUAUAAAAGCCGAAUCGAUUGAACAAGUGAAAAGGAAGUUGAUGAUAGAAAUAUUUGUGUCACUGACAGAUGUUAGUAUAGGAUUAAAACCAGUGGAUCUAGAUAGCUGUGCAGUUUUGGUUUUGAAUAAAUCUAACCUUGAUAUCUACAAAUACACAGACUCCAGUUUAAUUUUCCAACUCAGCUCGAAUUUGAUUUCGCUUUUUCUAAUAGAUGAUACCAAAGGCAAUGAAAAAGCUCCUGGAAAUAUAAUUGAUUCAGAUGAUCCUUGGAAAAUUGCAUCAAUUUGGACAAGUAAAGGAUAUGUUAAUAUUGGGACUUUGAGUACAAUUUCACUAAAAAUUGCUUUAAACUCUAAAACAUCUUUAAAGACACACUUUGAUCAUUCACCCAUUGAUAUUCAAGCUAACUUGGAAAAAAUAACACUUGACCUAUGUAGUGAUUCUACUCAAUGUUUUAUUCAACUGCUAAAAAAUAUUAAGAAACCUGUCUAUUUCUCAUAUGACGAUAAAUACAAAGAUAAAAAUGAAUUAAUUGACGUUUUCCAUGAUAUUGAUUUAGACUAUUUUGAUUCAUCAAAACAGGUUCUUUCCACUUUACCACAACUAGAGCGUGCAAUAUCUAAUCUGUCCCAAAAUGGUGGGGAUAGUGCAGAUUUGAGCUCAAGUCAAAGUCUUGAAAUCGUGGAGGACUAUGUGAGAAAUAUGAAUAAUAAAUUACGUCAAAAAGAGCAGGAGGCUGGUAGUUCAGGCGAUGCGCAUUAUUCAAUUCCAGUGAAAGUACACUUCAGUGUUUCCCAGAUUAAUCUAAAUUUGCACGAUGGUUACGAUUGGAAGGAAACACGUUUUCAGAUUAAAAAUGCGCUUGAACGAGUGUCUAAAACAGCAAGCGAACUAAAUAAAAUUGGUGUAAGCGAUUCCAAUGUUGAGGAGGGUUUUAACAUCGAAGAAACAUUAUACAAAAGUGUACUCGUUGAGGCUGGUCCCGAAAACGAUAACAAUGGAGCUAUUAACGAGUAUAUUAAUACCAUUUAUUUAGGUAAGAAAGCGGAUGGCACACCGAAGUUGUUAACUCGGUCUUUGAAAAACAAAGUGCAAAUAAUGCUGGAGGAUAUUGAUGUUGAUUUUAAGCUAUUGUCAACAAAUGAACCGCAUCCUGACGUCAAGCCGGACUUUUAUUCCGGAAAAGAGGGCGAUUUUGAAGUUGUGAACGAAAUUGGUCUCAGCAUAGACAAAUUUACAAUUUUUGACAAUGUCCCCACUUCCAGCUGGAACAUGUUUGCGGGAUACAUGCGAGAAUACGGAGAACGUGAGGUGGGAAAAAGUAUGGUAAAAGUCAAUAUUGAGUUGGUAAGACCGAUCAAGGAAUUAGCAGCAAUUGAAAUGAGAUUACGAGUGCAGGUAUUGCCGUUGAGAUUCUAUGUUGAUCAAGAUACUUUGGAAUUCCUAACUCGAUUUUUAGAGUUCAAAGAUAAGAGAUUUAUUCCACCUGCUGUAGAUGAUGAGGAGAUGUUCAUACAAAGAUUAAUUAUUGAUACAGUUAAACUUAAGCUAGACUAUAAACCAAAGAAAAUUGACUAUGCAGAUAUAAGGACAGGACAUACUGGAGAGUUCGUCAAUAUAUUUAUAAUUGAUGGCUCAGAAAUUACUUUGAAUGAGGUCAAGCUAUACGGAAUUAAUGGUAUGAGUAACCUCAAUAGUAUUUUAACUAGCUACUGGUCUCCCGAUAUCAAGAGAAAUCAGCUAGUGGGUGUACUAUCUGGGUUGGCUCCUGUGAGGUCGAUAAUUAACGUUAGUGCUGGUAUGAAUAAGAUUGUAAGCGUGCCGGUAAGAGAAUAUAGAAAAGACGGUAGGGUCAUUAGGAGUUUACAGAUAGGUGCAUUAGCAUUUACAAAAGCAACUAGUGGGGAAAUUUUAAAACUAGGAGCUAAACUGGCAGCCGGUACACAAACAAUAUUGGAGAAUACCGAACAAAUGUUAGGAGGAGCGGGGUCAUCUAUGCGAGUAGUUAACGAAGGGCAAGCGGCUGAUUCAAGGGAAAGCCACGAAAGACGCAGAAGCUCUGCCGCAUCUUUUGGGGAUGAAGAUGAAAAUGACUACCACCGAUACUUCUUCCAGAAUAAAAAUAUAAUCAAUAGUGGUGAUAGGAAACAAGAUGUUCAUAGUGAGGAGUGUGCAAUUACUGACGAAGAUGGCGAUAGUGAUGAAGGUAACUCUCAUGAGGGCAUUGAUAAAGAAAGUUCAUAUAUUAAGAGCUUAUAUUCCAACCAGCCAUCCAAUUUCAACGAAGGGUUGAAAGUGGCGUACGGCUCAAUACAAAGAAAUCUGAAGAUUGCAAGAAAUGCAGUGUAUGAGGCCAAAUCUAAAGCAAACGAAGCAGAAACCACUAGUGGCGUAAUUAAAGAAUAUGCAAAAGUGACACCUGUGGUUUUAAUUAGGCCUGCUAUUGCAGCUACAGAAGCCCUGAGUAAAGGGUUGCUUGGUGGUGUUAAUGAGAUUAACCCAGAAGAAAAACAAAGAGCUGAGGAAAAGUACAAAAAGGUCGAAGAAGAGGACUGA